GGGGAGUGAGAUAUAUAUUUUGAACUACAUUGUAUGUUUAAAAAGAAAUAAAGAAAUAAAGUAGGAGGGUCUUUGACAGGAUGACGCAGGAUAGAAGGAGGCGGAAUCAGGGUGGAGCUGUGUGGGAUGAGAAAGCAGGGCGGAUAGAGUACAAAUUCGGGAGCCCUUUAGAAUGAUGGCGGAAGGCCGAGGAAUGACAUCACUCGGGGGAGGGCCCUGAGAUGACGUCACGUAUAGGCGGGACCGAGGGUGACAUCGCAGGGAGGAGGAUGAAUGGGAAAGCUGGGAACUGUCAGCACAAAGAGGAAGAUCGGGGGAAAACCAUUUGAAUGUAUUUUGUUGCUGUUUGCAUACUCGAUUGUCAGUACAAAUGCAUUUGUGUGUUUACCUCCAACUCCAUUUCUGAGACUCUACUCAUUCCCUUACCAGGAACAUUUCUCAUAAUGUUCUGGAAGUUUGACCUAAACACAACGUCGCUUGUCGACAAGCUACUGGAUAAAGAAGAUGUUACCCUUCAGGAGCUUAUGGAGGAGGAUGACCUUCUUCAGGAGUGCAAGGCCCAGAAUCGGCGGCUGCUGGAUUUCCUUUGCCAGCAGCAGUGCAUGGAGCAGCUUGUUGAACUCAUCACACAAAAGCCCCCAGAUCAUAUGGAGGAGAAAGUCCGUUUUAAGUUCCCCAACACUGCCUGUGAGCUGCUGACGUGUGACGUGCCGCAGAUCAAUGAUAAGCUUGGUGAAGAUGAUAACCUCCUAAAUCUCUUGUAUGACUUUCUGAGACAAGAACCUCCCCUCAACCCACUACUUGCCAGCUUUUUCAGCAAAACUAUUGGAAACUUGAUUGCAAGGAAGACUGAGCAGGUCAUUGGGUUUUUGAGAAAGAAGGAGAAAUUCAUUGCCUUGGUGUUGGAGCAUAUUGGCACGUCAGCAAUGAUGGAUCUGCUGCUUCGUCUUAUCAGCUGUGUAGAACCUGCCCCUUUACGACAAGAGGUGCUCCAAUGGCUGAAUGAGGAAAGGCUAAUUCAAAGAUUGAUAGAUCUGAUACAUCACAGUCAAGAUGAGGAUAAACAGUCCAAUGCUUCUCAGACCUUAUGUGAUCUAAUAAGACUGAGUAGGGAUCAGUGCAAUCAGAUGCAAGAGACCAUGGAAACAGACCCCUUGCUCGCUACAUUAGAAUCGCAGCCAUGUGUAGAGCAACUAUUAAAAAACAUGUUUGAUGGAGAACGGACUGAAAGCUGUAUUGUGAGCGGGACACAGAUUUUGCUGACACUACUAGAGACAAGGAGACAGAGUCUUUUUUUCUACAGUGUAGAUCCCCUGCUGGAUUCAUUGCCACAGGGCUAUGAUAGAACUCCUACUAUCAGCAACAGUAUACUUCAAGUGAUAGAACCACGUCUAAAAGAUUUUCACCAUCUGCUUCAGCAUCCUCCUAAGAAAGAAUCCAUUUUGACCACAAUUGGAGUUUUGGAGGAGCCACUAGGAAAUGCCCGUCUGCAUACUACACACCUUAUUGCUGCAUUGCUUCACACUAACACUCCCGGUAUUAACCAGGAGCUUUGUCGGCUCAGUACCAUGGACCUCUUACUUGAUCUUUUUUUCAGAUACACUUGGAAUAACUUCAUGCACUUACAGGUUGAGCUGUGUAUAGCAGCUGUUCUCUCUAACUCCAGGCAAGAAAGGAAGUGUCUAGCAGUUUCUGAAGAAAGAAAGGAGACGGAGGAAUCACAAAAUGGAAACAUAGAAAACAUGGAGAGCUGCCAGACUUGUUCCUCUGAGCAUGAGGAUCUAAUGAUCACACACCUCUUCCAGAAAUGUUGUCUUGUGCAAAGAAUAUUAGAUGCGUGGGAAACCAAUGAUAAAAUUCAGGCAGAAGGAGGCAUGAGAAGAGGGAAUAUGGGUCACCUAACUCGCAUUGCCAAUGCAGUGGUACAGAACAUGGAAAAAGGUCCUGUGCAGGCUCAGAUUAGUGACUUUAUCACAGAAUUGCCUGAUGAUUGCAGAGGGAGAUGGGAGAGUUUUGUGGAAGAGACUCUGACAGAGACCAAUCGCAGGAACACCGUCGAUUUGGUGAGCACCCAUCACCUCCAUUCUUCCAGUGAGGAUGAGGAUCUUGAUAGUGCAUUUCCUAAUGAGCUGUCUGUGCAACAGGCUUUUUCAGAUUACCAGAUCCAGCAGAUGACUGCCAACUUUGUUGAUCAGUUUGGCUUCAAUGAUGAGGAGUUUGCUGAACAAGAUGAUAAUAUCAAUGCUCCCUUUGAUCGUAUUGCAGAAAUUAACUUUAAUAUUGAGGCAGAAGAUGACAAUCCCAACGCUACCCUAUUUGAAGCAUGCUGUAAUGAACGUAUUCAGCAAUUUGAUGAUGAAGAGGAGGACAUCUGGGAAGAGAAAGAAAUUGGUUAUGGCACUCAAGUGAAAUCCAGGACAAGGUUUGGGGUAUCCCAGUCUUCAGAGGAUUCCUCUCGCAGUGACCUGGAGAAUGGAGAGCCAACUGGUAGCCCUGUAUCUGAUGAAGAAGAUGAGGAAGGACAUAGUGUUGAGACCCCCCAAGCUGCAGACCUCAUUACCAGCACCCAGUCAAUGCAGAGAGACUCUGUUGUUCCAGAAGGUGCUGUUGGCCCUUUCAAAACUGGGUGGACAGCUGUAUUUGAUGAGCCGGUAAAUUCAAAACCCCCAGCACCAUGCGUUGCACUUGAUGUGGGAUCCAGUGUUUGGGAAGCACCUGUUCCAGAGACAUCUACUUCAGAGCAGAAAGGAUGGGCCAAAUUCCCAGAUUUUCAACCAUUUUGUUGCUCGGAAUCAGGCCCACGGUGUAGCUCUCCAGUGGAUACCGAGAGCAGCAGCUCUGAUGGACGUACAAAGCACAGUCAAGACAAGUUGUUCAGUGCAGCCUCUCCUUGCGUGUGGAAUGUUUGUGUGGCCAGAAAGAACCCUGUCAUUGGCUCAGACAGUAGUUCAUCCGGGGGCUCAGACAGCGAUGAAGAAGAUAAAAAUAACAUUGUUACUGAAACCAUCAGCACUGGAUCUGGACACGAAACCAUCAGACUCACCAUGGACACGAAAAAUGAAAAAGCCACGUUUAGCAGAAUCUUUACACCUGCAGGUAACCCUGAUGAUCUCGCCAUUGAUCAGAUGAGUGUAACAGACAACAGACCUACAAAAGCCUCUCACCCCUCCAGCAACACCGAGGAUUCAUCCCAAGAGCAAAGUGUAGCUGCGCAGUGUGACACAAGCACACAAAGCACAUGCAAAGAAAAAAGCCACGGAAGCCUUGCCUCUGCUCCUGAAACCACAGUAAAUGGUCCUGCGUGACCCCGUCCUGUCUUCAAGGCAUAUGUGGACUGUGACAGACCUAUUGCCCCUGGGAUCUGUGCAUAUUUCAGCCACAUUAUUUUCAUUUGGAAACGUUAUCCAAAUGGACAGGGUUAGGACAAACAAAACUGAAUCAGGAGCACAGUGUGGUGCAAGUUAAAAAACAACAACAACUUUAAAACAGGAGGAAAUGUAGCACUGGGGCCGUGUGUGUGUGGGAAGAAGCCCAGUUUGGCUGCUGUAUAAUAAACACUGCCUCCUUCACAAGCAGCUUUUCCAGCACAGUCUGCUUCACCUCAUCUCACUGCUUCAGAGGUUGCACAGAGCACCCGGAUAAAAAAACACACACAUGGUGAGACAGCUGUGACCAACAACAUGGCCGCCCUCUUAUUAUCUUGGUUUUAGCAAUAAUCCUCCAUAGGUUGCUGCUUCUCUAUGAUUGUUGAUGUAUUUCUGUUCUUCGCAGUAUAAAGCAGCCUUACUGAACCACAUGCCGUCCUGCACUUGCAAUAUUUUUCAACAAAACCCGUUGUAUUUCUCUCUCUCUCUCUCUGCACUUUAGAGGACACAACAGUAAAUGAGAUGUUACUUGGUAAAAUAUUGGCCCAUAUACUAACUACACACGUCUGAGAAGGUAAAGCCCACUGAAUGGCUGUAAGAUCAUUUGUGAUUCCUUUGUAUCAUCUGUGGCUAAAUUCAAUAGCAAAGUAUUCCCAGAACACUAAUAUUUACUGUGUGGGACUGGGAUGCUGCAGAGACACCUGGAAGAGCAACAUGAGAGCUUUGUAUUGGAUGUAAGGUGUAAGCCGGUGCAGCUGUUCUUGUGCUGCUAUAGAAAAGGGAAAUAUUGUAUUUGCCAAUGUAUUAAAAAAAUUAACUCCGCCCCCUCUCCCACUUUCUCAGUUUCGAUUAAUGCAUCAGAUUUGUUCCUUCUCCCUUUUUUUUUUUUUUUUUGUAGAAAGGAAAUUUGUUUGAAAAAUGUUUUCUGCUUUUAUGUGUCUUGUACUUGUAAAGUGUAGCAUUUUUAUUUUGUAUGGUUUUUUUUUUUUUUUACAUAUUACUGUACUACCUUAUACUGUAUGCUGGCUAGCAGCGUGCCAUUUCUCCUGCAAAAACGUACACAGUGCAGAAAUAUUUAUUUUUCCCCCCUCCGUGUUAUCUCUGCGGACUAGAAUGGAAUUUGUUAACCUUUUGUUGUCUCGGUUACACUGAGAUUACUGUGAUGCAAUGUAGAAUGAGCCUUCUGCCUGGAAACCACAUUCUACCAUGUCUGGUCUCACCCCAUGACAUAUGCUGGAACGUUACAAAUAUGGGAAAUGAUAGAACAGGGUAUAAUCUUUUAAAGGUAUUUUAGAUAUAUAAACCUUGUACAAGCAUUUGAAAUAUUUUAGAGUGUAUGUAAUAUGAUCUUUCCCCAUUUCAGUACAUAAAACAGAUGAAAAACUGUCAGUUGAAAAUAAUGAAUGAACCGCAAGCAUUUUGGGGCAGACCGCUCUGUACUGCUUUGUGAGACUCACUCCUCCACCCCAUCACCGACCUUCAGGCUACAUGGUCAGUUUAAAAUCUGUCUAUAUAAGGGUAGAACUCCACGGUGCGGCUUGAGCUGACACGUCGCCAUGCAACGAAACGCAUGUGACGUGUCGGAUGUUCUAAAGAUACAGGAGGUGAAGGGGAAAUCGCAGGUAAGAACUACACCUAUCUGACUGUUGGACGAAAACACAGCGUGCAGUUCUUACCUGCGAUUUUUUCGCAUGGCGACAUCUCGCCUCGAGCCGCACAGUGGAGUUCUACCCUUUUUACAUGCAAAUAAAAGUCUCUCUGAUUCUGAUGCAUCUUUUCCCACUGUGCAAGCCAGAGUGAUUGUGGUUAAGGCGGCCAUACUCUGCUGAUUCCUAAACUGUCUGCUCACCUGGGGGGCCUUA